AAUUUAAACGUUCGUUAUUCUGAAACCUGAUCUAAUUCAAAAUGGCCAGCGUUUCGUGGGUCGGUGCUGCUGCACUUCUAGCAGGUCUCGUUAUAAUAUUUGGGAUAAACUCAUUGAUCGAACAAUUAAGCAAUUCCUCUAAUACAGAAACCACUUCUACAACAACAAGCACUCAAUCAACAUCGACAACAUUAGAAGCGAACACAACAAGUGAUGCUACUACAACAGCAACAACAGACGAAAGUACAACAGUUGCAAGUACUACAGCAUCAGCAGAUUCGAGUACAACAAUAAAAACUACAACAACAGAUACAAAUACAUCAACAACAGAUGCAAAUAUUACAACAGAUGCAAAUACAUCGUCAACAGAUGCAAAAACAACAACAACAGAUGCAAAUACAUCGUCAACAGAUGCAAAUACAACAACAACAACAACAACAGAUGCAAAUACAUCGUCAACAGAUGCAAAUACAACAACAACAGAUGCAAAUACAACAACAACAGAUGCAAAUACAUCGUCAACAGAUGCAAAUACAACAACAACAACAACAGAUGCAAAUACAUCGUCAACAGAUGCAAACACAUCGACAACAGAUGCAAGUAGCACAAUAACGGAUGCCACAACAACGACUGAAACAAUAACAACAACUGUUACAACAACAACAACAACAACAACAAGUACAAUAAGUUGUCCACCUGUAGGGAAAUAUUCGAUGAAUUCAUCUGAUUGCUUAUCGUAUUAUUAUUGCGUUUACUCUAAUGGAAAUUAUGUCAUCAAUUAUUUCGAAUGCCCCGCUGGUAGACCUUUUAACGAAGCUACAGGGUCGUGCGAUUCAUCACUUACAUGCGAUUCAUAAACGACGACACUGAUUAAUAUACGCUAGGUGAUCGAAGAAAACGUUACAAGUCGAAUAAAGAAAAGUGUUUAGUUUCGUUGUAUGUAUAUAUAGAUUUGGGGCCUCUGCAACCCAAAAAAUCUAUUGUGUACGCCUUUCUUGUCGGUGUUUACAGCUGAUCCAUCGAUGCCACUUCUUUUAAAAAGUCUGGAAUAGCUUCGAUUGCCACAAAAUCUUCGUCUUCUAUUUUAAGCGCUCCCAGGUGUAGUGCUCUGGAAUUACUUAGUGUUUCACACUUCGAGAGAUUUCGUUUCCCGUGCAACCAAAUCUACUGGCCGCAAACAAAAUGUAGAGCCAUCUAUUUCCAAUUGGAAGAAACGACAUAAUACGUAGUUUUCAAAUACAUCGCCUUGUAACCUUUUUUCUGAUUAUCCCUUGUAUACUCGUAUUUUUAAUUUUGUUAAUUAUUGGUCUUAAGCAGUGAAUAUUAAACAAAAAAUUAUAUAAUGGUAA